CCCAUCCCUCCCCCCCUCCUCUCCUCUGUCAGUCUCUUUUGUUGUGUUUUCUGCCGAUGGUUUGGCUCACAGAGCCAGUCAUUGCUGGCCCUGCUGCCAUAGCAACCAGGAAAUACUCACCGCCGUCAAAGUAGUAGUGUCCGUGUGAGGGGAGGCACAGCAGAACCUAGACAACGCAACAGCAGACGGGACUGAUUUUCACCUCUGGCUCCUCAUCCUCCGGUGAGUUUAUGAGUGACUGAGCUGUGUUUAUGUUUGUAAGGCUGUGUUGAUCGUAAAGAUGUGUCUCUGUAGAAACAAUGUGGUACAGUUCAGUGUGUGAGGACUUAUAGUUUAUUUUUUUAAUAUGCCCCGAGAUGGCCGCCAGCACCGCAGCUACAUGUCACCUACCACCGGUGAAGAGCGUGGUGGUGUACAGGAAUGGAGACCCCUUCUACAGCGGGCGGAGGUUUGUGGUGAACCAGCGUCAGGUGGCAACCAUGGAGGCAUUUCUGAACGAAGUGACCAGGAACAUCGGGGCUCCGCUCGCCGUCAGGACCCUGUACACCCCCAGGCAGGGCCACAAGGUCACAGACCUGCAGGACCUGAAGACAGGAGCUCAGUAUGUCGCUGCUGGCUUUGAGAGGUUCAAGAAACUGGACUACCUAAAUGUAGGAGCAAAGAAGCAACCUGUGAUUCGCAGUGAAACUCAGCAGGCAAAAAUCAUCCAGAGGCCAAGCGUUUCAGCCAAGUGGAGGAAGUUUAUCCCCGUACCUUGUAUUAUACACGUUGUUCGUAACGGAGAUCUCCUGAGUCCCCCGUUCCGGUUCAUCCUCCCUCGGAGCAUGCAGCAGGACCUGGAGCAGGUCCUGAGUCUGAUCACAGAGAAGGUCAGCUUACGGACCGGAGCCGUGCGCAGACUGUGCUCUUUGGAAGGAGUCACCGUGUCUUCAGCCGGGGAGCUGGAGACGGGGCGAUGCUACGUUGCUGUGGGAACCGAAAGGUUCAAGAAACUUCCUUAUGUGGAGCUGCUGGAUUCAAAAGCUACAGAGAGACCGUACCCUGAAAAAAGAAGACUUCUGAGAAGAGCUGAGAACAGGAAAGCAGGAAGCGGUCCAGAAGACCAGUACAGUGACUCGGCUCUUCUCAUCUCCCCGGAGUCAGAUGGUCGCAGGGUGAAGUCGACGGGGGAUGAAGCUGCAGUUCUGCAGGCCUCGCAGCAGACGGGCAGGAGAGACGCAGCAGACGAGGCGUCUGCGUUCUCCUCCAGGCCGGCGAAGAUUCGCACAAACGGAACGAAACCACCGCCCUCUGAUGGAUCCAUAAAGCCAAGUAAAUUCAGAGGGGCAGCAAAAACAAGGAGAGAGGAGGUACAAGGUGCUGAGGAGGUGCAGGAGGAUGAAAACACAGCUACAGAGCUUCCAGUUGAUCAGAGAGUUGCAGAAAUAGUGGAGAACGAGGAGUUAAAUACCACAGAGGAUGUUCUGCACAGCAGUCUGCAGACACCUACAGAAGUUAUAAAAAGUGAGCACAACAAAGAACUUUCACAGAAGCACAAUGCAAUGAAGGAAUCAGAGUUGAAAGAGGAAAUCACAGCUGAAAUAAUGGAUGCUGAGCUGAAACAGACAUCUCCAAAGUCAAGGUCUUCAUCAUCCCUCUCCCAGAGAAAGAUCAGGGAACGACAGGAGAGCCUGCAGAACACCUCAUCAGUUAAAACAGAACAGAACCAUCAUCAGGAGGGUGUCACAGCCUCUUAACAGCAGCACUGCUCAUUACUGACUGUUUACUGCUCCCACAAACGUUUAUUUGUACUGGUAGUACUUUAACUGUGGUAAACAGCAAAGCAACAUUUUUUCCCCUUUACUAGAAACUGUUAGAAAGGUGACAUAACUCCCCYAAACCUUUCAGAUGUAACAUUUUCUAUAAGUGAUGUUUAAUAUAACCAACAUCAGUAAAAUUGUGUUAAUCCUGUUUGGAUGCUGACACUGUAUAUAUGUUCAAUGCUGCAAUUUGUUCCAUUUAUGUACUUUAAAAACAUUUUAUAAACACGUUAGUUCUGUGCAGUUUGAAUAAAUGUAUAGUAUGGAAGAUAACAAAUAAGUUGUCCAAUAGUUUAUAACUAGAAUAUAAAGAACAUGAGCUGAACAGAACUAGACUUUUGUACGGUGUCUGGAAUGAAUGAAAUACUGCAACAAUAAAAAUAUAUAUUACUAUA